GCGCGCCUGUCGCGCGUCCCCGGCAGAUUCUAUUUGGAAUGCAGAUUCCGACAGUACUUUGGUGUAUCUAUGAUCAUUUGGACCGGAGUGGGGCUGCUGAAGGAGAGAGGCCUUAAAAACAUACGGAUCGGGAUUGAAGGUUACCCCACCUGCAAAGAGAAGGUGAAGCGGCGUCCAGGUGGGAGGUCAGAGGUCAUCUACAGCUACGUCCAGCGUCCGUUCAUCCAGCUGUUCUGGGAGAAAGAGGAGGGCAAGAGCAGACACGUCGAUUUCCAGUGCGUGCGCAGCAGGAGCGUUCCAAACCUCAUCACGGCCUUGGGGGAGGGGACUGUGAGAUCUGGAGCCACGCCCACUCCGCAGGUGGAUGAGUUGAUCGUCUGAACGGCCCCACCCCUCUCAGCCUCGACCAAUGAGCUGCUUCAGCAGUAAAGAGUCUGAAGACAGAACUCACCUUUUCAGUGUUCGUUCAUUCAUUUCUGCAUGUUCUUCAUUAAUUCACUAUUUUUUUUAAAGUGCCAGAAUGGAUGUAAACGUCAUAAAAUAUGGAGUUUAAAUGGACCCAAAACUCACGCGCAUGGAAUCCGCGUGCACACGCGCUAUGCAAACGCGCAUAAUGAUAACCACGCGCGGAAAGCUGCUCCGCGAGGGCGCAUUUAAACUCCGCGAGCGAGCAGAACAGUAUCCGCAAGCGGAAAAGAAUCCUCGAUUCUCUCUAUGCUCUCGCAAUAUGGCGUUAUCAUUAUGCGCGUUUGCAUCGCGCGUGAGUUUAGGGUCCAUUUAAACUCCAUAAUAAAACUUCAUAAAAAACAUCAUAAAACAAUAAACAAACAUUUGUUUCUCUUGAGGUAA